AGGCAACCACAGUUUUAUUUUAGCCAUCCUACGACUCAAACUGAGUAUGAACUUUCUACGAAGAUUGAUUGGUACAACUACUACUGAUGAGAUUGCUCUGAUUCCAUCAGGGAAAUUCUAUUUAACUCGCUCCAAGAACUCACCCAAGGGGGCUUUAGAAUGUCUAUAUAAUGACGCCUUUGCCUCAAUCAAGCAAACCACCACUCCUUUCUACUAUCAAUUGUUCAUAAACCGUGUUUGUCAAGAAGGAGAAAUCGAUGAUGUACAAAAUUUUGCUGACUCUGAAGACGAUGAAGAAAGUACCAGUUCAAGAAAGGAUGAUCCCAAGGAUGAAUGGGUUUUCCCUAUUGAAGAAAAUUUAAGGAUUUAUACUUAUCAUAAAGCAAAUGGCACCAGGAUUAUGGUAUGGAAGGAUUUGAACGGGGAUAUUGGAGAUAAUUUUGAGUUUAUUAUUGAUGAAGAUGUUAGAUUGAAUGAUAUUGAAACGUUCAUGUUUACUAUUUACAAAUGUAUGUACGAGAACAAAUACAGAACAAGUGCUCUAAGAAUUAGAAAUAUGGACGAAUUAAAAGAAUUUAUAUAUAAUCCAAAACAAGAAUCUUUAGGAUUGGAAGGUUUGCAAGAAACAUAUGAUUCCGAGGAAGAAGAUGAAGAGGAACUUGAUGACGAACAAAAAGGUGAAGAUUUUCAUUACGACACUACUCCUGAACCUAUGGGUGAAAUCAAAGCUCAAACUCGCAAUAUUAGUUUACAUUUGUAUAAUGCAACUACUGGAAGCUUUGUUACUAAAUUAGAAGCACCAAACGUUGAAUUAAAAAUAAUUGGUCUCGGAGCGUUUGAAAAUACGUUGUUUAUUCAUAGUUUGGAUCCAUCUACCAAACUAAGAAUUAACGCCCCUUUAAACAGAAGUAUGAGUCCUACUUUCAAUUAUGAACAUUUAUCAUUCAUUUUCAACCACUAUAUUGUUGAAGGAAGUGAACUUUCCGGUUAUUCUUGGUUAGUCAAGUUCCCAACUUUUAAUGAUUUAUCAGAUUUUCAACGCAAGUUUUUAGGAUUGAUGUAUGAAACUUUGAAUAAGAAGAUAUGGGGUGAAAAGAGUGAACAAGAUUAUUUCGUUAAUGCAUUCUCUGAGCUCACAGUCGAUGAUGCUGAAGAUUUGACUUCUGAAGAUAGGGCUGAAUUGUUUGUCGAUGAAAGUGAAAGUGAAGAAGACGAUGAGGAAGAAGAACGUAAGGUUACUACCAAAUACCAAGAAGAUGAAGAUUAUUUUAAAACAUGGCAAAGCUCCAAGGAUAAGAAUAGUGAUUUAACAGUUGGGUUAAGCAAAGGACGUUCCUAUGUCGUUAAGGGAGACAAUUUAGGUGUAUUUAAUGAAGGUGACAAACAGUUAUAUUUCCAAACAACAAUAUCCAAUUUAAAGGAUUUACAUGGUAACAAGUUCAAUCCAGAUAAAGUAUUACUUCACCAACAAGAUCAACAUAUGAUUAUGUCAAAUCCAAAAUUCAAUGACAAGACUUUAUACAAGAUGGACUUAACCAGAGGUAAAAUUGUUGAAGAAUGGAAGGUUUCCAAUGAUAUUCCAGUUGUUUCUUAUGCUCCAAAGACAAAAUUCUCCCAAUUGACAGAUGAACAAACCAUUACAGGUAUUUCAUCCAAUGGUCUAUUCACAAUUGAUCCAAGAUUACCUGGCAAUAAACUUGUUAAUGAUCAAACUUAUAAGUCUUACAAAACUAAGAACAACGGUUUCAGUACAUUGGCAACAACCGAGAAUGGUUAUAUCGCUUUAGGUAGUUCUAAAGGUGAUAUCAAACUUUUUGAUAGAUUGGGUGUUAAUGCCAAGACUGCUUUACCUUCAUUUGGAGAUGCAAUUCUUGGGUUGGACGUUUCCAAGGAUGGUAGAUGGCUAUUGGUUACCUGUGCAACUUACUUACUAUUGAUUGAUGCCAAGAUUACUCCAGGGCAAAAGAAUGAAGGUAAGCUUGGUUUUACUCAUUACUUCGACAAGGAAAAGAAGCCAAUUCCUAGAAGAUUAACUAUCAAGCCACAACAUGAAGCAUAUAUUACUAGAGAAAAUGGAGGAAAAGCCUUGAAAUUCACUCGUGCUUAUUUUAACACUGGUGUAAAUUCCAAAGAAAUGAGUAUUGUUACAGGUGUAGGUAGUUAUUUGAUUACCUGGUCAAUGAAUAAAGUAUUAAAAAAUGAUGCCGAUCCAUAUCUUAUAAGAAAGUUCAAACAAAACAUUGUUGCUGACAAUUUUAAAUUUGGUAGUAAUAAUGAAGUUAUUAUGGCCACUUCCAAUGAUGUUUCUAUGAUCAGCAAAAGGAAAUUAGAUAAAGCAAACAAUAUUUUUGGAUGAUCCGAUCUCUUUAUAUAGUUAAUAAUAUUUAUUUUACAUGAAAAUUCGUUCCACUAUAGCUAUUUAUAUGAACCUUAUUCUCCGACUUGACGAAGAAUUAACUUGAACAAUUUCUUCGGAGUCAACAAAAGAAUGACUGCUUGAAAUUAUCACGCCAUACGUGCAACAGCUAUCUCUCAUCAGAAAUAAUUGCCCGUGCAAUUUGGACAACUGAUGAAGGGCAUAUGAACAACUUUUGUUCUAGACCUUCCUGUAUUAGCCCAUUUACCAAAAUUUAAAAUUUCGUUUCAUUUCGUCCAACCAAAUUAUUCUAAAUGCAUUAAUCUUAUGCCAUCUUGUAGGUUUGUAAGUAUGUACAUCAAAUUCCUUAACCUUGCUAGCCUCUGGGAAUUCUUCUAGCUUUAUUCUAUUAAUUUUUGCAUGUACUUUCCGAACCCAUCUGUGAAAACCGGGUGAAUCCAUUAAUAGUCGGUAUAGAUAUUCUUCUAUUGAUCUUGGUGGCGGUCUCAUUUGCUUAUCUAAUAAGUAAGGAUCAUAGUUCUUGAGUUUUUUCUUUGCUAUUAAAUUUUUUUUUUUUGCUAACAUAAAAUUCAGUUUAAAUAAAACUGCCGAUGUGCAGAAGGAUUACUUAUGUUCAACAAAAGGAUUAUAUGGAUCCAGCAGAGUAUAUCCAUUGAAUACAGUUGAAGGGAAAUAAUAACACCCAUAUUCCCAUGACUAUGACGCAAGAAUUCUCUAAAUUCUUGUCAAAAGUCUCCACCACUUUUAAUUGGUAGCAACUUGUUCCUCAGAAUUUCCAUUUUCGGACUUUUUGUAAACAACAAUUAAACAACAAAUUAUCAUACAAAAUUCAUGUUCUAAUUGUGAUGAUUAAAAGGAACCAAGAGAUUGCACACAAGAAAUAUAACAACACAAUAAUUACUUAUUUUGCAGAAACACGUCUUUUUUUACAUAAUCAAAUGAGCAUGCAAAUAUCCAAUAUAUCGAACGACACUAUUAUUCCUAUUGACGAAUUUCAGAUUGACUAUAGUGAGUUAAUACAAGAUGAUGCACAAGACCAUAUAAAUGAAGCAGAAGAAUACAAUCACACAGGCACAUCUCUUCUGAGGAUAUCACUACCUCCAAACACGUCACAUCAUAACCAAGUCACGAAUGAAUUGUUUCAAGUUACCAAUAGAGAAAGCUGGAAUUCAACACUAAGAUCCAGAGAAGGUAUCAAUAACUUCUUGUUUGGCUCUUCGGCAUUGAAGAAUGACAAAGUAAAAAAGAUGAUGCAAAACAUCAGCAGUGAAAAGGAAAAACAAUUAGAAGACAACGACUAUGAAUUGGAUGAUGUGGUUAGGGUGGGGUUCUAUCGAGGGAAUAUCAGACGACAAUUCAAUGUCGAUAAUAACGAAAAAAUAGAUAAACAUAUGGAUAACUAUUUAGGUCCUUCUAAACAAAUGAAUCAAGAAAAUAAAGAAAAUCAAUAUCCUGAACCACUCAAAGCAAAACGAGGAUUUAGUAUAACCAAACCUUUAUCCAAUAGAAAUUCUUCCAUCCCAAUCCUCAAACCAAUACACCAAAAUGCCAAAACCCAAAAACUUGAAUCAUUUCUUCGAAACAGCUUACUAAAAUCUCCAAAAAGAAUAUGUUCUCCCAGUCACCGAAUAAUUGCACAACCGGGAAAGUCUGUGCUUAGACGGAAUGGACCUGCGUUUGUGGUGGAAUCACUGACAGGGCUAAUUAAUGAAGCUACCAAGUUUGGUACAGAAUUGAAUACAGCAAAUUGUGAGGGGUUCCCAUUUCCAGAAACUGAAUCAGAGAUUGUCCAAAUUCCUACCAAUGAGGACAAUUUAAAUAAAAUGGCAAUAAUAAGAAUGAUUAAGAAUAAACAAGCAACCAAUAAUGACAAAGUAAGACAAGACCGAUCUGGGUUUUAUAACGAAUCAGAAUUUAAAGAGUACAGGGAAAAUCGUGCGCAAGCACUAAGUGAAUCUACUGAAGGUGUGCAACUUGUUAGUCAGAAUAUAAACAGUAUUCAACAAGAUCGUCCGACAUUUCAAUUACAAAAAGGAUCUAAACAAUCUAAGAAAUCCGUCAAAUGGGCAGAUAAUCUAGAAUGGUAAAUAGACUAAAAAAACUUUUCAAUAUACAACGUUACAUUGUAA